AUGGAGGGGGCAGCUGGAGGCUCUGCAGACCUGGCAGAGUUACACCUUCAAGUGCAGCAAUUCAUGCAGGUGAUUGCUCACCUGCAGCAACAGCAAGUGCAGCAGCAAGCCACCACCACCACCACCAGUCCUCUGCCAAAAUGCCUGGUGAGUCCUCCCGAGAAGUUUGGCAAAAAUGUGGAGUUCCCUGAUUUUCUGGCACAGUGCCAGUUGUAUAUUAAACUGCGUGCCUGGGACUUUCCCACUGACAAAAUGAAGGUCUGCUUCAUUAUUAGUUUGUUAAAGGGGCAGGCAGCCAAAUGGGCUACCCCCCUGGUCGUGGCUCCACCUCCCCUGCUGUACAACUACUCUGGCUUCCUCGACCACCUGUUUGUUGCCUUUGCAAACCCGCAACAAGCAGCUGCAGAUAAUUGGAAAGUAUGA